AUGUCGGGCCAAAAAUCCGGCGCAUACGGCGCCAACUCAGCGUCGGACACGUCCUUCCGCAAAACCUGGGACCGCGCCGAGUACGCGGCCAAAGCGGCCGAGCACGACGCGAAGAUAAAGGAAGAAGGAAAGGCGCGCUACGAGGCGGCGCUGCAGGGCAAGAAGUACGUGCGGCGCGCGUCGACGCCGCCCGACGCCCGCGAGACCGAGGCCCGCAAGUCGCGCCUCGACGUGGGGUCUAUGGUCGGCAAGACGAUGCUCAUCCCCGCCGGCUCUGCGGUCGGCAAGAAGGGCCGUGGCGCGGGAUUCUACUGCGAGGCUUGCGACCUCACGUUUAAGGAUAAUUUGCAGUUUGUGGAGCAUUUGAACAGCAAGCAGCAUCUCGUGGCGACGGGGCAGAGCGGGGAGGUGAGGAGGGCGACGGUGCAGGAGGUGAGGGAUAGGUUGGCGUGGUUGAAGAGGAAGAGGGAGGAGGAGAAGAAGGAGGAGGUGGUGGAUUUGGGGUCGAGACUGGAGCAGGCUAAGGAGAGGGAGGAUAGGGAGCGCGAGGAGAAGCGGAGGAAGAGGAAUGAGAAGAGGCGGAAGACUGCUGGUGGAGUGGGCGUGAAGGAGGAGUAUGAUCCGAACGAGGGCAUUAUUGCCUGA